GUAUCAGUUGUGGAGGAGAAUGCACAACAAUUAAAAGGUGUGCGAGUUUUAUUUGGUGUAGAUGCUACAAAAUUAACUGAGCACCCAGUAUUAAAAAAUGAAAGCUUUUCUAAGAUCGUGUUUAAUUUUCCACAUGUUGGAGGUAAAAUGAAGAUAAAUUUAAACAGGGAACUGCUGCGUCAGUUUUCUGUGAGUGCCUGUCACUUACUAGAUACAAAUGGUCAACUGCUGAUAUCACUCUGCAAAGGUCAAGGUGGAACCAGUGCUGAAAAAGAAAUUCGACGUUGGGAUGAUACAUGGAAAGUUGUUGAAAUGGUUGCUGAUGGAAAUUUGGUUUUGACAGCAGUUGAGCCAUUUGAUGGAGACAGUUACCCUAACUACAAGAGUGCAGGCUAUCGGGGUACAGAUAAGAGUUUUCAUACUGAUGGAGCACUUGUUCACAUAUUUUGUAAAAGACAACCUCUAUUUCCUUCAGUGGAAGUUUCAGUUCUGCAAGAAAGUUUAGAGCAGUGUAGUAUUAAAAUUCCAUCUGGAGAAAUAUUGUGCCCAAAAUAUUACUUUCAGAAAUAUAUUCAAACACCUGUAAACAAUGUUGCAUUGUUUUUCCAAAAUAGUUUGAAAACCUUUAUUGAACAUAGUGAAAAGAGUGUAAGAAGUGUCCAGGAAAGUGAAGUGCCCUUGUUUGAUCCAAGAUGUUUAUCGGAUAGUAGUGCAGACAAAGUAUUGAUAUGUCCCUUGCGCCAUUCAUUGUUGGACAUUAUUAGUGUUCCGUUGCAUCUCUGGUGGAUGUGUCAUGAAAAUUACCUUCUGUACAGUGGGAUGGUAUUCCAUGAUUUGGGAUCUGACUUCUCACAAGCUCCUGUUUCAAAUCAAAUAAUGCUUUUUGGUUACAAUUCACAUGAUAUUUUAAGAGCCUAUCUUGAAAAUUUACUGCAAAAUAAUAUUGGUGACCAUUUUUACUUAAAAGCUUCAUCGAUUGUGAACAGCAGCCCAGUGUUGCAGUACAAAAGUAUGGACUGCCCUACUUUUAUUGAAAAUACAAAUUUUGAAGUAAAAUUAACAAACAUUUUGUUGCUGUCUAAAGAUUGUGAAAUUAUGAGAGAUUCAACGAAUACUGUGUUGCAGCACUACACUGUAGAUGGAUCAAUCAAAAAUGAAGAAAUACACACUGAAUUCUGUUUAAUGUAUCCUGAUACACUAUCAGAAAUAUUGUUUCAUACAUCUUGGAGACAUUUAUAUGCCAGUGAAACUUGUUUAAAAGUUGGGUACAAAAACAGUCAUGUAAAAUUUAGCAGUCUAUAUGGCUUAAAAUAUUCUUUUGAUAUUUGCUUUUCACAGAGUCCUUUGUAUAGCCAUAAAAAGCUUUACAGUAUUCUUUGGCAACUAGUUGGUGAUAUUGUAACUGAUGUCCAGUUAUUAAACACAUAUGAAUCUCCAAAAGGCUGGACUUCACACUGUUUCAGAAUAGAAUAUCAGUCAUUUGAUAAAGCCUUAAGCAGGAAGAAAGCCAUUGAUAUCCAUCAGAAUGUAGUUGGUAAAAUGUUGUCACAUUGUUUACAAGUUACAAUACAUUAGCAUUGUGUUGCUAUCAGUAGGUUCUCUUACACUGAGACCCUCUAAUGCAUAGAUUCCCACAGUAGUUUAUAAAAAGGAUGGCAGAUUCUAAACGAAAAUAACUUAAUGUGUGGGUGAGCAACAUUAAAUAGCAUGAGAAUCCACAGAAUUUAUACGUGAAAAAUUCAAGAGCAGGGCAAGAGAUAUCCUUCAGUGAGGACAGAAGAAAUAAAUGAAAGAAAAAAGGAAAAAUAUGAAAUAAAUGAUUUGAAAGGACAGAGCAAAUAUUGUCAAGAAGAUAUGAGAGGAUUGGUCAUUUACAGUGAGGGAGCAUCAGAUAAAGUCCUUGUCCUCCAGACCCAACAGGUUAGAGAGGUAAGGAGCUGGGUGAUUGAUAUGACAGUAUGCAGUGACUAAUAUGAAAGCACAUGACAAGAACAGAGAAAGUUGUUGUACGCCAAGAUUAUAGAGAUGUAAUUUCAAAGCCUUGGUAUCGGUGCCAAGGUCAGCAACAGAGUUCCUGAAACGCCAUUGAAUUUGGGGAUUUUGUGUUAAUGAUGUAGGAGAUUUAUCUUUACUCAUUGAGAUACUGCAGAAGAGUGGAAGCUGCAUGUGUAAGUUAUAAGUCAGAAAUAUCCGUCACAGAUGCGUAUCUUUCGGCAUUAUAUUUUAGCACUGAUUAGGAUGUUUAGUGAAAAAUUGAAACCUCACAAUUGAAAAAAUGUUCACAGUGAGUACUAUGGCUAAUGACCAGUCACAGCUCUUUUAAGUUGAAAUGUCAAAGUUGAUGCGAAUUGUGGGAAAUUAAUCCUUAGACAUACUUUGCAAAGGAGGCUUAAUAGGGUUUUCAAAGCAGAGUGCAAGAUAGACUAUGCUAGAUCAAAGCAAGAUCUGAGUUUUGGAAGCUAGAUUAAGAAUAAGCUGUGAAAAUUUUCAGAUGAGUGUUAAAGAAAUGGUUCUCAGGAUGAGAGUUUACAUAAGUUCUCUGCAUGAAGCUUUCUUGUUCACCAUUUAUAAGAUUGCAAGGAGGCAGAAUGGCUGACAGUUAUUUACCUUUGGGAGAUAAAAUUCUAUGUACUGCUGAUAGACAAUCAUAAGUACAAAAAAACUAUUGUAGGUACCCUUCCUCAGAUAGGAAAGGGAACAGAUUGGGGGAGGCUAGAGAGAAGGGAACGUCACUCAAAAUCCAGCAUGAGUGUCACUCAACUGCUGUGAGAAUGAAGGGAGUGCAAACACUGCACUGCCUUAGUAACUGCCGAAGAGUGAGCACAGUGACAGUCAUGUAGAACUUUAUUUUAACUUUCUAAAUCAUUGUUAAAAAGCUAUUGCAGUAGAGAUGUCAAAGCUCCCAGAGCUCUUAAGACAGCAGAAGAAACAUUUUUCUAUCCUGCUUUAUUAUUGUCAUUUAACAGAAAUGUUUGGUACACUUUGACUAUCGUAUUCUGACAGUUUUUAGUGCCUUUCUGUGCAGUAGUUACAUAUGAGUUAUCUUUCUUAGUAAUCUGCCUUACAGCACCUCCUCCCACUUUUUAAAGGCAUAUUUUAUGAGCUUUUCUGUCACUCCAACAACUCUGUCAUUACAGACAUUUCCUAAUAGCUAAAUUAAAACUGUAUAUGGACCACAUUCAGCCUAGGUUCUUCACCUUUCGUUAACAACUUACCUCCAUACCAACCAACCAAAUUAAGCGUAUCUCAAUAUCAAUACUUAAAAGUUUCAUUUAUUAUAUCUAUCUUCAUUUUCAAACUCCAUGGGUGCUACCCUGCAUGUCUUCUUGUUGUUUAAUAGUGACUUUUAUUAAAACUCAGUGAGCUGUAUCUUUCUCUGAUAUAUAUCAUUCUGACCUUGUACUGUGACUGAACAUAAAAGCACACCACACCUUCUCAGCACUGAGAAUACUUGUAACAACGAAAAUGACUCCUUUUAAAUAGUUACUUUUGUUGUAUUGAUUGAUCCGUUACAUAAGAAAAGAGAUAACAAUAUUAUCCCACUUUAAGAAAUGUUCAACUAAACCAUUUUAAAUUGAUCCUAAGAGAGAUACACUGUAUUCAACUUUUUUCUAAAUUAAUAACCCAUUUUGUUUGUUUCUUUAUCUUCUGGAUGUAAAGUUUCAUUUGUAUAUUGUAAAAGUUAUUAUGUGUGUUGCCCACUAACAAAAUCAGUAUCACAAUAAACAGUUGAUUUUUUUCCCCACAUAAUUUUUUAUAUAUGUAGAGUUGAUGCUGGUUGCCAUGUCAACUCUCUGAAAUGACCUUGCCCUUUGUGUUUGACAUGCUCAAUGUCCGGCUGUGAUGGUCUUUCCACUCAAAGGUAAAGCAUGAUUGUUGGAUUCCCUCUCUAGCUUAGGCAAGCAAUUAUCGUCCCUGAAACCUCCAUAAAAUGACAAACCUUUUAAUUAUUAACAUAACCACAAAGAAAACUGUGUGUCAAACAUCUCCCCCUAAGACUUAUCUCUCUAUUAUUUCUGAUCAGUUGAUUCAUCUACCUUAUUGAAGAAGAAAAGAAAUUUCUUUGUCUUGAUGAGUUUUGUUGACAUGGAACAUUUAAUCCUGAUGUCAAUGACUUGUACUUUUCAUGGUUUUUUUCCAACGUGGACUUUCCAUUGUUUGAUUAAUCCUGAUGUUAGACAUAUGCUUUACGUGCCAAUGAUGAAUGCUAUGCACAGAAAGUAGAUCAAGAAAUAAUUUUAAAAAAGUAUUCCUACUACUAUACGGUAUUUAAAUGGAAGAAAAUUUCUGUAAAUCUAAUACAGUUUAUAAACGGGAAAAAUGAUUUUGCCAAUAAAUAUGUAUGCUGCAGUUUGGAGGAAUUUACAACUGUUAAAAUGUGUGCUACAUUUGCUGAAGAGGGUACAAUAGUGGCAUAUAAAUAGCAUCUGCAAAUAAGACUGUCGAUUGUGCUAAGUGCUAAUGAUGUCUCAUAGCCCUUGUUUUACCUUUUAUGCCUCGUUAUUUUAUGGUAAUGUGUGCUUUCCUCAUGGUAGUCUAGGAUUUUUUUAUGAAAACUGUAAUAUUUUGGGAUGAAAACCAAAUUAAUAAAUUUAUAUUUGUUAUAGUGCUAAAUAUUUCUGAAUAUACUUUCCCAUGUAUGAACAAUAGAGUAAUCUUUUAGUUUGGUAAUUAACUGAAUUUGUACUCUGCAAUUAGUAUACCACAUUAUUAAAUAGGAAAAUUUACUUUCUGUUUACUGUAGUUUAUUUUAAUUGUUUUAUGUAUGCUGCAGAUUUCUUAAUUUUUUGGUGUUGUUUACCCCCAUAAAGUUUCCCCUGUAGCUGAACAUGGAGAAAGCAUACAACUAAAGAACUGUUGAGGCAUGGGCACUUCCUUGCAAUGCUGUUUUUUUUUACUCUAAGCACUGUUUGCUUUACUGGUUUUUUUAUUUAUUUUUUGCAUUGAAGUGUGUUACAUGUGUCUAUACAUAAAUAGGAUGAAAAAGAAAUAAAGAAUUCACUGCUUUAAAAUGCAUGUACAGUUAUGUAUACUUAAUUGUUAAUUUUGAUUUACUGUUUA